GAAGCGCUUCAAGAGAACGUUAUUAUUAUGGUGGAGAUCGACGGCACCGGAGAUCAGACCAAGAAACGGAUCUAAAUCGACUGUAAAUCCACGGUAGAUUUACCGUCGAUUGACCAUCUGUAGUUAUUGUAACGAUCGAUUAUUCUAUUGUGACUGUUUUGACCGAGAAGCCGACACAAUUCCGACAUCAUCCGAUACUGCUUUGCAAAGACAGUGACAGCUGUGGUCUUUCUGCAUGCAGCAAUAGGUUCCAUCGCCGUUAGGACGAGCCUGCAUCGACUGAGACAUUGUGAUGGGCUGGCUAUAGGAGAAGAAACCUGCUGCAUGCACCUCCGCCUCCCUCCUCCACCGUCAGCAGCGAGGACAGUACCGUUCAGUGCCUGUAUCACCCGUUAACGGGAUGACGAAGUGAACCAAGCCUCCUCACGCACCGAACGUUGGAUUCCGCAUGAGGACUGAAUGAGUAGAAAGAGAGGGAGGCAAGAGGUGAUGGCGAUGCUGAUCUAGUGAGAAGGGAAAGCCUAUUCAUUUUCCCGAUUGAUUGAUUUAUCAGGACCCUAACAGCCGACACGGGGUCUGUACCGGGGUUUCAACAACCAAUUAAUCCCCUCGCACGAGGGAGGACAUUUGUCAUUCCGAGGAGAUGGGAACCGCGAGGGGAUGCCGGACUGCGGUUUAAACGUGCCUGUGUCUCUGUGAAAGCACCGCUGUGAUGGAGCACGACGAAAGUAGCGACGCGGAGGUUGCUGCGGAGCCCCUUCUGCACGGUAUUCACGCGCCCAAUCGGAUCAGGCCCUCGUCGUACCGGGCACUGCGGAGCGCCGUUUCCAGCCUGGCGCGCAUCGAUGACUUCGUCUGUGAGAAGAUCGGGUCAGGGUUCUUUUCAGAGGUCUUCAAGGUGCAGCACAGGAUCACAGGCCAGGUGAUGGCCCUAAAGAUGAACACUCUGGCCAGCAACAAGGCCAACAUGCUCAGGGAGGUCCAGCUCAUGAACCGGCUCUGCCACCCCAAUAUACUCGGGUUCCUGGGAGUGUGUGUACACGAGGGCCAACUCCAUGCUCUAACUGAGUACAUCAACGGGGGUAACCUGGAGCAGCUGCUGGACAGUGACAAGUAUCUGUCAUGGUCAGUGAGGAUGGGUCUGUCUCAGGACAUCGCCUGUGGCCUGCAGUAUCUCCACAGCAAGGGCAUCUUCCACAGAGACCUCACCUCCAAGAACUGUCUGGUGCGCUGUGAGAAUGGUGUGUUCACUGCAGUGGUGGGAGACUUUGGUCUGGCAGAGAAGAUUCCAGACUACAGUGACGGGGCUGAUCAGCAGCCUCUGGCCGUGGUGGGCUCCCCCUACUGGAUGGCCCCGGAGGUGCUGAGAGGAGAGGUCUAUGAUGAAAAGGUGGAUGUGUUUGCCUAUGGAAUCAUCCUGUGUGAAAUCAUCGCCCGGAUAGAGGCUGAUCCGGACUUCCUACCUCGCACUGAGGACUUUGGCCUAGACGUUGAUGCCUUUGAGAACCUGGUUGGGGACUGUCCAACACCAUUCCUCAACCUUGCAGUCCUCUGCUGCAAUAUGAAUGCAAAGAUACGUCCCUCAUUCUCUGAGAUAGUGGUCUUGCUGGAGGGGAUGGAGAGAGGAGAGGAGGAGAGGAAGACGGCCAUCCCUCUGGGUGAUUGUCUCUCCUCAGAACCCGCCACCGUCCACAUCAGCCCCUACCGACGACGGAGUUCCCUCUGUCGCCCCGGUGACCAGCAGUUGUCACGGAGCCAGUCUGAAAUGCUUCCCCCAACGACGCCCCCACUCGGCACCCCGGCCCGGGUCAACCCCUUCUCCCUGCGGCAGGACCUGAACGGGGGCCGCAUCAAGCUCUACGACACCCCAAGCAAGUCUGUCAUCUCCCUGACCUUCACCCUCCCUCAGCAGCCUGAUCCCUGCGCCUCUCCCCCCCUCAGGGGAAACCUCUUACUCCGCGGGCCCCCCCGACGCUGCCAGUCCCUCCCCUGCACCCCCGAGCCGGGGCGAACCCUCUCCCUCCUCCGGGACCCCGACCUGCAGAGCUUGGAGAAAGAGGAGAAGGUGGAGGAUGAAAGAAGGAAGGAGAAGGGAGGGAUGGUGGAGGAUGGAAGGAGGAAGGAGAAGGGAGGGAUGGUGGAGGAUGUGUCAGAUGAUUCAGGGCUGCCUCUGGAGCUGGACAUGGUGUCUCUGGAUCCUCUGGAAGAGGAAGACGAGGAAGGUUUUUCUCUUGGGGAGCCUAUGGACUGCAGCAGGUCUCCUGACACACUAGAGGGCGCUGUCCCUACACCAGGGAGACGUCUACUACACCCAGCCUCGUCCUCUUCCUCCCUGUUUCUGCAGCCUAACGGCUGGGGCCACCCAGUCUCCAAUGCCCCUCCCUCCCUCCCUCCUCUCCCUCGCCUGGACAACAACAACGGCUCGGCGAUGGUGGUCGUCGGCCGUCCGAUUGGCUGGAGGGCUAGCGGCUACCGCGCCGCAAUCCCGGGGCCCCCGGCUGGCCUCGCCCCUGAACAAGAUGAGGUCAUUUCCUGUCCAGGCUGCUGUCUGAUUGGGCUGAGCUUUCCAUCCGUGUGCCUGAAGGGGGUGCCGACCCCUCGCCACGUUACGCCCCGACGACCCUACCGGAACCUCAACGGGGGGGGCAUCAGUGACCCUUCAGCUGCCACGGCAACCAAGGGACUGCUUUGUUGCGGGGCGAACGGUCUCGCUCCUCCAACCGCACCUUGCGUGCCUGGGCUGCCCCUACCAGAGGCACAGACUUAGGAAGGGCUCCCCCUAGUGGGCUGACUGACCAACAACAUCAACACCAGUGACAUUACUGAGACUGACCUGUUCUGUUUACUGAUGCUAUUACUAUUUAUUAUUACUAUUAGGAACUGGGGAGCUGAUGAUGAUGAUGAUGAUGAAGAUUGCUACUACUACCUGAAGUGGAUGAAGUGUGUGUGUGUGUGUGUGUGUGUGUGUGUGUGUGUGUGUGUGUGUGUGUGUGUGUGUGUGUGUGUGUGUGUGUGUGUGUGUGUGUGUGUGUGUGUGUGUGUGUGUGUGUGAUUGAGGAGGUGGUGGGGACACUGGUGGUUGUAUUGGGAGUAAGAGGGAGAAGCAGAAUAGGAAACCAGAAGUGGGUUAUUAAUGUGAGUUCUAAUAUAUUGGUUGUUGACCUGGAGCCAUUUGAUAAUGUCAUUGUGUCCUUGCUUUGUUCACUCACUUUCUACACUCUGAAUCUUUCUAUUUGAUUCCUCAUAAUGAUUCUUCACUGGUCUGGGUGGUGCUGGAGAUUUGUAUUGAAUUCAAACAGGUGCUUCUUCUUCCCUCAAGCCUCAGUGUUCUUCCCAUAACCCACUAUGAUCCAGGUAUCCUCUCAGUGUGUGGGUGUGUGUGUUGUGUGUGUUUUAACAGCCUGUGUAACUUUGAAACCGCAUGAAAAGCAAUUCUCCUAGCUUACUUAUGUAUUGUAAUGAUUAAUUCACUUUAAGUUCUGUGUGUGUGUCAGAGGGAGAGAAAUGGUAUGUGUGACUGAAUGACUAAGGUUUGUCCCCUGAUGUCUAUUUUGAAAUGUUAAAUGUUCGCAGGUCAUUUCCCCGUACCUGUGUGUGUGAGAUUAGAGAACUGAGUGUAAUAAUUUCAUAUAAAGUUAUUGAGGUGUACAUAAUCUUUACUAUAAUGUUUUUUUGACACUAUUGAUGAGAAUCACUCCACUCUUGAUUUCAUAGGGCUACUGGUUCCGUACCUGUUGAAGUUGACUCUGUAACUGAAAUGGCACCCUAUUCCCUAUAUAGUGCGCUACUUUUGACCAUGGCCCAUGGGGCUUUGGUAAAAAUAGGAUGCCAUUUUGUCUGUUGUCCCCAGAGCUUAAGGUGUGUUUGUCUCCCUCUGCUGGUCUGGAGGACCCAGGCUCACCAGGCCACUGGCUCACAGGCUGUGUCUCAUUACUCUUUAAUGGCUUCCUUUCCUCAUACGCUUUCCUUCUAGCAGAAGCUAUACAUGACCAGACCAGGGAAAAAUCCAGGCUUUAGUUUUUGACCUGGAGGUCACUUGGUCAGGAAAAAGUCCUGGCCAUAUUCAUAUCAUAUCAACUGAUAUGAGGGGACUUAAAAAGGUUUAUGACUAUAUGGCUAUAGCUAUUAAUAUUCAUAACCAGUUCUAACCACUUAAUCUAGCUAGUGAUCUGUAGGAAAGAAAGAGGAGGAAACAUAAACCAGUGUAUUGGGACGUAGCCGGUCUCACUCAACUCUACUGGUCAGAGUAUCUUUUAUUACUUCACUGUUUAAACAGCAUGAUUUACAGAGUCUGGACAACUGUGUGCAUCCAUCCAAAUAAAUCCACUGUUGCGUCCCA